AAAUAUGAACUUUUCCCUGACAAUCAAAGUUGUCAAAACAGUUGGCAAAAUAAAUGAAUAAAUAUUCUUAUGAAAAAUGGCUGCAGCAUUUUCCUAUGAAGAUCUGCGAAAGCAGGCAAGGCAACUAGAAAAUGAAAUCGACCUUAAGUUAGUAGCGUUUAGUAAAUUAGGUGCUGGAAUUAAAACUCCUAGUACUGGAAAUCCAGACACUAUACCCCUUUUAUCUGGAGAUGACACUUUUGAAGCAAUGUCUGUGGAAAUUGAAGAGCUACUAAAUAAAUUAACACAAAUAAAUGAUAGACUGGCAGAGCAACCUGUAACAGGAGCUGCAAUGAUGCACACUUUACAAAGACAUAAAGAUAUAUUAGCAGAUUUAUCAAGAGAUUUUAGGAAAACAAAUUCAUUAAGGGAAAGCCAAAGACAACGAGAGGAUCUUUUACGAGGUUCAGAUAAUUUUAGAACAGAUGGAGUUAAUAAUAGAAGAGAUAUAUAUUUAAAAGAAAAUCAGCACAUACAUAAUUCUGAUCGUCUCGUAAAUGAUCAAAUAUCAAUAGCAAUGGAAACAAGAGAACAUUUAACAUCACAGAGACAAACCUUAAAAAGGCUACAAACCAGAUUCAAUGAUAUUUCGAAUAAGUAUCCUUUAAUUAAUAGUUUAAUCCAGAGAAUUAACAUUAGAAAACGACGAGAUUCUAUUAUUUUGGGUUUGGUUAUAUCUUUUUGUACAAUUUUAAUGUUAAUUUAUAUUUUCAGCUAAAACAGCAAUAUUUAAGAUAGUAUAUAUUAUGUUCAUUGAAUAAUUUCAAAUUUAUGGUAUGUGAUAGGCUCAAAAAUAAUCAUUUAUAAGAAUUCUUUAUAUAUUUACUAUAAUAAAACACUAAUAGCAUAAAAUAUUUUAUAGCUUUGAACAAUUAUUGUCUUUUAUAUAUAUGAAGUAUUUUAUGUUACUCAAAUUUCAACGACAAUCAUUGAAAAAAUUCAUCUUCAAAUAAAACUUUUUUGUAUUCUGAUCAGAUCUUUAUUGUGUACAUUCAAUGAUGGUCAAACUACAUGAGAACAAAUCUGAAAUUAAAAAAAAUUAUUCCAAAUAAUUUCAGAGAUACACAGUUUACUCUGAAGAUGAUAACUUGGUUAUCAAAACGCGCGCUAGCAAGUGUAAUUCUGAGUGUUGGUGUAACGUGUAUGUUCAGUAUGAAUAUCACCAAUGGUUCCAGAAAUUCCAACUUAAAUUUCAUGAAAAAUAAUAUAAUAUUGGAAAAAUUUGUAAUUUUUUUAAAUUGAUAUCCCUGCUGUUUCAUAGCUGUCAUUUAAAACUAUUUUAGAGUUCUUAAAAUUGUGUUGAAUGUCCUAAAAACAAUGUUAUUAAUUGAUAACUUCUCUAAAACUUGAAUUCAUCAUGGAUUCGGAAACACAACCAGCUUUCUAUUUUCAUUUGCUGUUAGGAGCUAGGUGACAGAUUUAAAAAAUAAUAUAGAAAAGUUAAUUACAUAUUUCUUGAUUUGUUAUUAUAGACCAAUGUGUUUUUAAAGUUUGAUGAAGCAUAGUUGCAAGAUAAGUAUAAAAUAGAACAAUUCUUUGUGAAAACACCCAAAAAGAAAUCCAGAGAGAGGAAGUAAUUUCCUACAAAAUGGAAUUGAAACAAGGACGCAAAAUAUUCAUAAGAUUGUUUUCAAAUUAAUUAUUAGUCUCAUUUUUAUUAUUUUAAACAAGAUCUCAUUAAAUUUAAUAUUCUACAUCUAGACAUCUUAAUAGUCUAUAGCAUAGAUUAUUUUUCGAUUGUACUAUCAGUUUCUGCUACAGAUACCAAGCCAAAGAACUCUACACUCUCAUCAUUUCUACAUGUUAAGAAUAUUUUUUACCACUGCAAAGAAUUGUCAUUUCAAGAUGUUGGAUGGAGUAACCAUGCAAGUCUAAAAUCUAAUUUACUUUCUUCAGCAUGUUCAAGUAUCUUCAGGAAAUAUAAGAUGCUCAAGAACCAUAGUGAUAUGUGAUGCCUAAUAAGUGAAAAAGGUGACCACAAACUUCAUUUUACUGAAUCAUCUGCCAACUUGAAAAGUGUGGCAUGCUGCAUUUUUGCAAAUUUUUAAAAAUUCCUAGAAUAGGUUGUAAUUCACCUAGAGACAAGAGGCAAAUUGAAAAAUAUUCACUAAAAAGAGAAGCUGUAAAGAGAGAAUUUGUUUAACUAAUUUAAAAUAAUUAAUUCAGGGAAGGUAUUUAAAGAAGGCAAUGUUUGGAAACUUAAAUGUCAGUUUAAAAUACUAUGAUGGAAAAUGCAGAAAAACAUCUCUUGGUUUGAAAUCAUCAUUAAUUCGUCCAGGAUUUGAUUGUUUAGCAUUGAAUUGGAAAGUUUCUUCUGAUGACAUCAUAAAGAAAACAAUGCAGGGGUGGUUCCAGUUCCAAAAGAAGAUCAUUCUUUAAUAGAACAUAACAUGAUCACUGGUUAUAGUAUGUGGUGAACUGUUCUAUAACGUGCACACUGGAGUCAAUAAAACAUCGAGAAGGGUAAAAGCUUGAAGAAUGCUGUUCUUGAAAAUAUACCAAAAACAGUUCUUGUGAAAGAAGUUCUGGAUAUGAAACGUCUCCUUAUGUUGCCCUUAUGCAGAAAUAUCGUGUUAUGAAAUUCUACAUCAGUGUAUCAUAAUCAACAGUCUCUGGCUACUGAUAAUGUUAAAGAUUUUGAAUUAAUGGUGAACCACUAUUGAGUUUAAACUUUGUUAUUUUAGAUAUUCAUUAUAAUUAAGUAGAUUAGUAAUAAUAAAAAUUUGAUUAUUAUUAAAUGAAGAAUAAUAGUAAUAAUACUAAUUUACACCUUCUUGUAGACCUACUAGUAUAAAACAGGGGUUGGAAUUGAAAAUGGUCUAUUCGCGAAAACUAUGAAGUGGGUGACAUCUGUUGAUUUUCUGCCAAACAAAACUUUUUGUUUUUGUUCUAACGACACCAACACGUUUGGGAAAUAACGGAAAUCACGAAAAUAGAGCAAACCUUACCAAAAUCACUAAAAGAACAUAAAAAAAACUAAACAUCAUCCAACACCCUUACAGAUUGUAUUGUUCACCGCUAUGGUAGCCAAAUUCAGCGCCAUCGAGUGGCACGUGGUUUUCGCCAAUAGUACAUUGACAAUACCUGUUUUAACAUUUAUGUAAUACUCCUAUAUGGACAGUUCUGAUGGGAAAAAACUUGUCUACGUUACGGUGCCGACAGUAUUCAUUUUCUCUCGCGUUCGAGAUACUUUAUCUAUACUGCGCAUGCUUGAAAAUUCACUAACAUAUCAGUAGUGGGAAAAUAAUAACUAACUGAAGCGGUCGGAGGAGAGAGAGAACGAUACACUAGUUGUUUCACUUAGUCAGAACACACUUAUAGAAACUGUCCAUACAGGACACACAUGUGUUUUAGCCUAACUAUUUAAAUGAAUAUUUUUGUAUAAAAGAUGUAUUAUUUAUCUUUGUUUCAGUAAAUAGUAUGAUUUUGCCAUUAUAAUUUGAUACUUUUAUGCCUGUAAAAAUGGAAAUAGCUACUCAAUUUGUUAUUAUUACAAUUUGCUGUUAUGAUUACUGUUCACUAACCUAAAUUACACUGUUUUAAUAUUAAAGUUAUUAUCUUAGAGAUUAGUGUGUAUCUCACCAACGGUUUCAGAAAUUUGAGCUUCAGACGUUACUCAGCAAAUUAUAAAUCCUAAAAUACAAGUUUUUCAAUCUAAUAUAUUAUGCACAGAGUGGAGUAUCAAUCAUUUACUCACAGUAAGUAAUGAGAUAAAUAUUUAUCAAUCAUUUUUGAAAUUAGCAGUUAACGAAAUAGGGUAUAGUGAAUUACACAAGUACAGAUGUUUUUAAAGGUAAAGGUUUGGUCGUACUUUUCAAUAAUUUUGUUUUUAAUAAAUUUAUAACCGUUUAAA